UGAAGUAAGCCCACCUACAACCAUACCUUAACUGAUCAGCGAUGCAGUUUUCAUUUACUUUCGUGCGACAGCUGCUGUCCGUGAUUGCUGGAUGGCAUCCGUAGAUUGAUGUUGUGACAAGUUAUCCCAUUUGGAUUAAUUGAAGAUUUAAUCCUUGCCAGUUAUCUUCGGACUACGCAGCUAUGGCGAAGAAAUUAAGAAAGUUUUUAAUCUUGUUAGAUAACGAAAGUUUGCUCUACUUUCCUGGUUCCUUUCUAACGGGCCGAGUUCUCGUGGAUUUGGACGAAGACACCGCUGUGACUGGCCUGUAUUUCCAUAUAGUAGGAGAAGGUGUUGUAAGACUUAGUGACAGAGGUAGUGGUAGCAGUUAUAAUGACAAAGAAAACUAUAUCGACUUCAGGAUGAAACUUCUUGGAGAAAGCAAUGGAAGAGGAGGAUCUGAGAGAACUGUUGAAUCGGAUCGCAUGAUCAUCCUGUCUCCCGGUGUACAUUCUUUUCCAUUCAAGUUAGGUUUGCCACUAGGAUUACCUUCAACUUUCCUUGGAAAGCACGGCUGGGUUCAAUAUUAUUGCAAGACAGCUUUGAAGGAACCGUCUGGGCUUACACAUAAAAAUCAACAAGUGUUCAUCGUUAUGAAUCCCAUAGAUUUAAACUUGGAACCACCUUUGUUAAUGCAACCUUUCCACUGUGAAAUAGAAGACACCCUAGGUAUACCUUGCCUAAAUUCUGGUCCCGUAUCCUGUAGAGUCAGACUAGAUAGAGGAGGUUAUGUACCUGGAGAAAGCAUCUGCAUUUUUGCAACUAUAGACAACGGAAGUAGAGUGACUAUAAAAAAGACUAAAGCCAUCCUCACAGAAACAAUUCAGUAUACGGCCAAAAGCAAGAUUGUACAGUCCGAAACAAGGGAGCUGGCAUCCCUUCAGAAGGGUCGAAUAGAUCCUGGAACUACAGAUCAUUGGAAGAAUGAAAUGCUCUAUAUCCCUCCCAUUCCUCCGACCAAUCUUCGGGGAUGUCAUCUUAUUAAAAUACAAUACGAUGUCUACUUUUUUCUCGAGCCAAAAGGAAUGGACAGGAUCCUUAAAUUACAGUUGCCAAUAAUGAUUGCCACGUAUCCUAUCCGAAACAAUGAUGGAACUCUACAAAGACGAAAAGGAACAAGCUAUCCCUCCACGCUACCAAUCUUCCGCCCAUGGUUGAACUCUGGAAAGAUCAAAUAAUGUAGUAAUAUGCGACUCAUGUUACGCAAGUGCUGCCACUCAAGUUUUCUCUAAACAAAUGCUUGCAUUGCGCUAAUUGUAUAACUUUUUUUAUGGACAGCUUGCUUCAAGAACUCAUAUUUGAAAUAAUGCCACAGCCAUUGUAACAGUAAGGGUAUACUUGCUUUAAGAUGUGGCAGUUUUCAAUCGUUUUUUAAAAGUCAACAAAAUAUCAAAGAAAAUUAAAUUAUUAUAUACUUCGGGAAAUCCUCCGACCGAACUGGAAUUUUUGAACUAAUAUCGAACAAGGUAUGCAUAUGAUAUUCACUGUGAAUUGGAUAUUAUUCCUCAAUUUCAUGGAAAGCUUUUAUCAUUUGAAAUACCAAAUGAUUAAGGCACUUUGUUAAUUUUAUUUCAAAUGAAAGAUGUUAUAAUAGCUAUAACAUUUUUCUGUUACUUAAAUUAGUAUCAGGGAAACAUUAUUAACAUAAAAAUAAAUGUCGAUGUUUUAAUAUAACAUUAAUAGCUGAAUAUGAGAUUAUUCAAAAGGCAGUAAGCAUUUAGAAAAGUGCAAAUUUUGGUGCAUAGGCAUUGUACGUAACAGAGUUCACCCACAAAGAUAUAAAAUCACAGGAAAUUCUACAAACAAUUGUUAUAUACAUUAUUUAAUUACAGUUGCAUUCGAGGGCAUUUGGUUUUUUAAUAGAACGCAUAAACAGUAAUCUCAAGAAAAUAUCGACCUUAGAAAUACCUAUAAAGAAUUAAUUAGACCUUAGAAUUACCUAUAAAGAAUAGUAUUUUUCAUGUAGUUCCCUAGCGAAUUGUCAGUUUGACUCCAUGAGAACUCCAUUUGUUGAUGGUAUUAAACAGAAUAUCCGGGUCUUACAUAAUUGCAGGCACAUUCGUUGGUCUUCCAUAUAUAUCAUGAAAGAAAGUCAAAGAUUCAGUUGUAUCAAACUCUCAUUAUUCAGCCCAACUUUGCAAAAAUCAUUCUUCCCCUUUCUCCUUUUCCUAAAAGAGUAUUCUUGAUCUGAUGGAAAUAUCAGAAGUUGUAGACACUAUUAACGUACAAUACUGUGUCUUCAAGAGUGCUUUCUCACUUAAUGAAAACAUUGCCCUUUGCAGGUUUUUUCAUAACUGACAUGCAUGUCUCUUUUAUUUCCCGGUCUUUAUUUCGCAACUGUUGGUAUAGACCUACCUAUAUAUCCAAUUACAAAAAGUUUUUCAAAUAACAGAAGUAUGUUAGUUCUGAAAUUUUUAAAUUCAAAAUGAUCAGUUUCGUAAAACUUUUGAAACCUAAUAUUUUAUGUGUUCCCACAGUCCUUUAACUUACAUUUAGGCAAAUUUUAUACGCAUUAUAAAGAAUAAAAUACAAAACGUUCAAUUCCUGUACUACAAAUUUCAAUUCCUGUAUAUAAUAUAUUAAAGUUCUUGACUGUAUUUAGAGGCCGUACACAAAUAGAAAAGCGAAAUGUUUGCAUUUGUAGGUAAUUAAAAAUAGAAUAAGAGUUGAGAAAAAACUUUCUGUUCUUAAGGGGACUCUGUACCUUUUGAAUGAUUUUUUUUAUUUAAGCACUUUCAUCUGCUUUUU